CCAGACUUCUGUAAACUUUUGAGUGGGAAUGAGACAGUGAAGCCUCAGUGCAGAAAGAAUGGAGGGAAUGGCAGUGUGUGGGCCUGCAGCUUCCUACUGCUCGGCUCAUCGUCUCACAUUCUUGUUUACUCACUUGAACACGAGAGAGGCACCGCAUCAGCUGCUGCCAAACAGAAUGAGUGUUUUUCACCCUUCGACGCCUCUGCUCGCAGACCCGUCUGCCUCCUGCAGACAGACAAAUGAGCAUCCAAAGGUUGGUUUGUUGCCUCCUCUGUCUUCACCUGUGAUCAAGAAAAAAGCAAUACACCUCUCAUCGUUUGAUGAGAAGGGGCUUGUGUUUCAAAUGUCUGAUUUCAACCCGUCUGCAGCUGACGAGUCAUUUGAUUUAGUUUCUAAAAAGACGCCUCAUCAGUCCUGGAAGAGUGAAGUCGGACAGAAGGAAAAGAGGGAAAAUGGACAAGGAGCUUCAACCAUCCACAGGAUUAAACCUGAAACCCGCUGCUCCCCACGCCUUCCUGCAAACCCUAACAACCCUUUUUUUCCAAAGACAGAUGCUCCGCCCCUUUUCCCCAUUCUGAAAUCAGAUGACUCCUGUCAUUCUGUCACCUCACAAAGCAAAUUUUAUGCAAUGUCGCACCAGCCAGAGCCAAAACCAAGAUCAUCUCCAACCUUGUCUGUCCCAACUCCCAGGCGGAGUCCAUCUCCAAAAUCUCUACAGUUUCCUGACGGUCAAAGCGGAGAGCAAUGUUCUCCCGUUGCUAAAGAAAGACAUGCUCACUCGAUUCUCAUCUCAAACAGUAGAAGAAAGCCUUGUGAUGAAGCAAAGCAUGAGGUUCUUGACCAAAGAGCUUUGAUGGACUUUACCCACUUUGGUUUGAGAGUUCGUCCUGUGAUGAGUAAAGAACAUCGAGCUGAGUCCCGUCUCUCAAGCACUUCUCAAAAUCCCAACAAAGAUGGAAAAAAUGAACCUGAAAAAUAUAAUUUAAAGACUCCAGUAACUGCAACGUCAAAGAUCCAACAGCAACAAGAACGUCAGAGUGGAGAAACUGAACACUGUUUCGGUCAAAACACAGAUUUCAGGUGUCGACACCAAUCCGAGGAUCACGUGUUUCCCGUGAGGGGAUCGGGGAAAAUGACCUCAAUCUCAAAGUCUCCUCCAAAUUUCAGCUCAGCCAACAGCGAAUCAGGAAGCAGACGACUGGAGUCCACAAGCAUGGACGCUGCUUUUCCGUCAGGUCCACUUCACAGAAAACCGCAGCAAGAAAACAUCACUCCAACAUUUCCAAGGAGCCCAUCCAUGUUCUCUGCGAAACACGGGUUACCUCAAGACCUCAAACUUCCACAGGAACCCAGAUUAUUGACAAAGAGCCGGUCUCCACAGAUGGACACAAAAAGCACUGAAAGCUGGUCUGACUGUGUCUCAAAGGGGUUUAACUCCCAGUCAAGUGAUGUCAAUCAGAAACCUGAGGCUCCUCUGCCUGCACAAAGAUUAAAUCGACUUAUGGGUCUGCUGGCUCCUCAGAUCCAGGAGUUCUCUCACUCUGGGUCUGCUGGACUGUCUUUACACCCUGGCCUUCCAUCAAACCUGGACUUGUUUCCUGCAUCACAGAACGUACCAGUACCCAGAGGAGGGGGCAACAGCAAGUCCUCACCAGAGCGUCGCAGGAAAAACCCUUUUCAACGAGGAAUCUGA